AUCAGUGAUGAGAGGCGGCGGUCAGUGGUCAUCUGUCACUUAUUAUUAUUAAUAUCGCAUAUUAUAAUUAUCUGUCAAUCAUUUCCAGGAGGACGCUCUUCUCCUCCUCGUCUCCUUCUUGCGUGUCAUCUUCCUCCCGAGUGCUUUGAUGCUUCCGUGUCUCCUCCGGACGCACAAAUCUGAAGCUGGACGGGGAUUAAAAACAGGUGAUGGCGGUGGGAGUGAGGGGGAGGAUGGAGAGGAGGCGGGCUGCUGGCCAGGAUUGAGUCGGAUUGUAAAUCUUCCAUCGGGAGAAGAAAGAGAAGAAUUCAACCGUCAAAAGUUCUUCUCGCUGUCUCAGACUUGCUGGGACGUCAUGGAGGACAUCUAGACUGCACUGGACACGCAGCAAAUGAGACAUCAUGUCGGAGCGCAGCGCCCCCGCAGGCCGGCUCAGACUGGAAUGGAUCUACGGCUACCGAGGACACCAGUGUCGCAACAAUGUGUACUACACCGCCGGCAAGGAGGUGGUGUACUUUGUGGCAGGAGUGGGCGUGGUCUACAACACCCGAGAACACUGCCAGAGGUUCUACCUGGGACACAAUGAUGACAUCAUCAGCCUGGCCCUGCAUCCAGAGCGCACCCUGGUGGCCACAGGGCAGGUGGGCAAGGAGCCCUACAUGUGUGUGUGGGACACCUUCAGCCUGAACACUGUCUCUCUGCUGCGUGACGGACACACACACGGCAUCGCCUGUCUCACCUUCAGUGCCGACGGACAGAGGUUAGCUUCAGUGGGUCUGGAUGCCAAGAACACCAUUUGUGUUUGGGACUGGAGGAGAGGGAAGAUCCUGGCCAGCGCCUCAGGACACUCUGACAGGAUAUUUGACGUGUGCUGGGAUCCUUUUCAAACAAACCGUCUGGUGAGCUGUGGAGUGAAGCACAUUAAGACUCCCCUGUGUGUCCUGCAGUUCUGGUCUCUGUGCGGGAACGCUCUGAGUUCCAAGCGAGGGAUUUUCGGGAAGACGGGCGACCUGCAGACCAUGUUGUGUGUGACCUGGGCCAAAGAUGACAUCACCUUCUCUGGAGCGCUCAAUGGAGACGUGUACGUGUGGAAGUGUGCCAGACUCACCAGGACCCUGCAGGCUGCCCACGGGGCGGGCAUCUUCAGCAUGUACGCGUGCGAGGAAGGCUUCGCCACAGGGGGGAGGGACGGCUGCGUGCGCCUGUGGGACGUGGACUUCAAGGCCAUCACCAAGAUGGACCUGCGGGAGGCGGAGCAAGGAUACAAAGCUUUGUCCAUCCGGAGCGUGUGCUGGCGAGCCGACCGAAUCCUGGCGGGAACGCAGGACGGCGAGAUCUUUGAGGUGAUGGUCCAGGAGCGCGACAAGCCGCUGCUCCUCAUGCAGGCUCACGGCGACGGAGAACUCUGGGCCCUGGACGUGCACCCCAAGAAGCCGCUGGCCGUCACCGGCAGCGACGACCGCUCCGUCAGGCUGUGGAGUCUCCUGGACCGCACCCUGGUCGCACGCUGCAACAUGGAGGAGGCGGUGAGGAGCGUGGCCUUCAGCGUGGACGGCUCCCAGCUGGCCCUGGGCAUGAAGGACGGAUCCUUCACCGUGCUCAGAGUCAGAGACAUGACGGAGGUGGUCCACAUCCAGGACCGGAAGGAGGUCAUCCACGAGAUGAAGUUCUCUCCGGACGGAGCGUACCUGGCUGUGGGCUCCAACGACGGAAUGGUGGACGUCUACGCCGUCUCCCAGCGCUACAAGAAGGUUGGAGAAUGCAGCAGGUCCUCCAGUUUCAUCACACACCUGGACUGGACCUUGGACUGCAAAGUCCUCCAGACCAACGAUGGCGCCGGAGAGCGUCUCUUGUACCGGAUGCCUCUGGGCAAGCCGCUCCUCAGCAAGGAGGAUGUCCAAGGUCAGCGCUGGGCCUCCUGGAGCUGCGUCUUAGGUCCGGAGGUCAACGGCAUCUGGCCCAAAUACUCCGACGUGUGCGAGGCCAACGCCGUGGACGCCAACCACGCGGCGGGCGUCCUGGCGACGGGCGACGACUUGGGCGUGGUCAAGUUGUUCCGCUUCCCGUGCACCAGGAAAGGUGCCAAGUUCAAGAAGUACCCGGGUCAUUCUGCCCAUGUGACCAAUGUCCGCUGGUCACAUGACCUGCAGUGGGUGCUGACCACAGGCGGGGCGGACCACGCCCUCUUCCAGUGGAGCUUUCAUCCCGAGUCCGUCGUGAACGGAGGACUGGACGCCAACAUCCUCGACAGCCACGGGGACUCCAACAGCGAGGACUCGGACAGCGACUUGUCCGACGUCCCCGAGAUCGACUCCGACAUCGAACAGGAGACUCAGAUCAACUACGACCGACAGGUCUACAAGGAGGACCUCCCUCAGCUGCGACAGCAAAGCAGGGAGAAGAAACAACAAGUUGGUUCCUUGAAGAGACAGAAAGUUCCAGAAGAAGGCCUCCGCCUGCAGUUUGUCCACGGGUACCGUGGCUACGACUGCAGGAACAACCUGUUCUUCACUCAGGCGGGGGAGGUGCUGUACCACGUGGCGGCGGUGGGCGUGGUCUACAAUCGCCACCUGCACAAGCAACGCUUCUACCUGGGCCACGACGACGACAUCCUGAGCCUCGCCCUCCACCCGCUCAAAGACUACGCUGCCACGGGACAGGUGGGCAGGAACCCCACCAUCCACGUGUGGGACGUCCAGACUCUGACGUGUCUCUCCUUGCUGAGAGGAUUCCACCAGAGAGGAGUCAACGCUCUGGACUUCUCCGCUGAUGGAAAGACUCUGGUGUCUGUGGCCGUGGAUGACGUACAUUCCAUGGUGGUUUGGGACUGGAAGAGAGGGGAGAAAGUAGCCACUGCCAGCGGCGACAAAGAGAAGAUCUUUGUGCUGAAGUGUAACCCCCUGCUGAUGGACAAGAUGGUGACCGUGGGAAUCAAACACAUCAAGUUUUGGACACACGCAGGCGGCGGCCUGACCUCCAAGCGUGGUGCCUUCAGGAGCGUGGGACGUGCGGACACCAUGAUGUCGGCGUGUUACGGCCGCAGCGACGCGCUGGUCUUCUCCGGCGCCGCCACGGGAGACGUUUACGUCUGGAAAGAGGCGCUGCUGCUGAAGACCGUCAAGGCCCAUGACGGACCGGUCUUUGCCAUGUUCUCACUGGACAAGGGCUUUGUGACAGGAGGGAAGGACGGCGUGGUGGAGCUGUGGGAUGACAUGUUUGACCGCUGCUUGAAGACCUACGCCAUCAAGAGAGCUGCUCUGUCUGCAGGGUCCAAAGGCCUGCUGUUGGAGGACAACCCGUCCAUCAGGGCCAUCACUUUGGGACACGGACACAUCCUGGUGGGAACCAAAAACGGCGAAAUUCUGGAGAUUGACAAGACUGGACCCAUGACUCUGCUGGUACAGGGUCACAUGGCAGGGGAGGUGUGGGGUCUCGCCCCUCAUCCCCUCCUGGCCGUGUGCGCCACUGUCAGCGACGACCGAACUCUCAGACUGUGGGAGACAUCGUCCACUCAUCGCAUGGUGGCUGUACGCAAACUGAAGAGAGGCAGUCGUUGCUGUGCCUUCUCCCCUGAUGGCAAAGUGUUGGCGGUGGGUCUGAGUGAUGGUGGCGUGUUGGUGGUGAACGCCGACACGCUGGAGGACGUCCUCAGCUUCCAUCAUCGCAGAGACGCCAUCUCUGACAUCCGCUUCAGUCCAGCUGGCUGUGUUGCAGACUCGGCUAAAUACCUGGCGGUGGCGUCACAUGACAGCUACGUGGACAUCUACAACAUGGCGAGCAGCAAGAGAGUGGGCGUGUGCAAGGGGGCGUCCACCUACGUCACGCACGUGGACUGGGACACGCGAGGUAAGCUGCUGCAGGUGAACACGGGCGCCAAGGAGCAGCUUUUCUUCGAAGCGCCACGGGGAAGACGUCAGCUCAUCAAACACUCGCAGCUGGAGCGACUCCACUGGCACACCUGGACCUGCGUGCUGGGAGACACCUGUGAGGGCAUCUGGCCCACCCACAGUGACAUCACCGACGUCAACGCCACCUCCCUCACACGCGACCGCACGCUGCUCGCCACCGGGGACGACUUUGGCUUCCUCAAAGUCUUCAGCUACCCUGUCACUGGUCAGUUUGCACGUUUCAAGCGUUACCUGGGUCACAGCGCGCAGGUGACCAACGUGCGCUGGGCUCACGACGACGCGGCCCUGCUGUCGGUGGGCGGAGCCGACACGGCGCUCAUGAUCUGGACCAGGGAGCGGGGGGGCGGAGUCAGCAGAGAGGGGGAGGGGCCCCAGGACAACAGCGCGCUUGUCGACAGCGAAGAGUCGGACGACGACGUCGAGGAAGACGGCGGUUAUGACAGCGACGUCGCCCGUGAGAAGUGUGUGGACUACGUGGCCAAGAUGGCCACUGUCAGCCUCAGAGACAUGACAGGAAGUAAACCUCAACUGCAGAGCAAAGAUGUCACUGCUGAUGAGAGAGCACCUGUCAGUCGAGCUGCUCCACAGCCAGAGAAGCUGCAGAAGAACAACACCUCCAAGAAGCAGAAAGUGGUCGAGGACUUGGUUCUGGACCACAUUUUUGGUUUCCGUGGUUACGACUGCCGCAACAACCUGCACUACCUGAAUGACGGCGCUGACAUCGUCUACCACACGGCCGCCACCGCCAUCGUGCACAGCCUGAGCACGGGAAACCAGAGCUUCUACGUGGAACACACGGAGGACGUCUUGUGUCUGACAGUCAACCAACACCCUAAAUAUGACAACGUCAUCGCCACUGGACAGAUUGGCGGCACGCCGUGCAUCCACGUGUGGGACGCCAUGAGCAAGCGCACGCUGUCCGUCCUGCGCUGCGCUCACUCCAGGGGCGUGGCUUACGUCAACUUCAGCGCCACCGGCAAGCUGCUGCUGUCCGUGGGCGUGGACCCCGAACACACCGUCAGCGUGUGGCGCUGGCACGAAGGCUCCAGAGUGUGCGGCAGAGCGGGACAUCCCCACAGGAUCUUUGCGGCGGAGUUCCGGCCGGACUCGGACUGUCAGUUCGUGUCGGUGGGAAUCAAACACGUGAAGUUCUGGACGCUGGUGGGCGGAGCUCUGGUGUACAAGAAAGGCGUGGUGUCCACGCUGGAGGGCGGCCGCAUGCAGACCAUGCUGUCCCUCGCCUUCGGAGCCGUGGACCUGACCUUCACGGGCGCCGUCAACGGCGACGUGUACGUGUGGCGGGAGCACUUCCUGCUGAGGGCGGUGGCCAAGGCGCACACGGGGCCCGUCUUCUGCAUGUACACCACGCUGAGGGACGGCCUCAUCGUCACCGGCGGCAAGGAGAGGCCGACCAAGGAGGGCGGCGCCGUCAAGCUCUGGGACCAGGAGAUGAAGCGCUGCCGGGCGUUCCAGCUGGAGUCGUCUCGCCCCGUGGAGUGCGUGCGCUCCGUGUGCCGAGGCAGAGGCAAGAUCCUGGUGGGCACCAAGGACGGCGAGAUCAUCGAGGUGGGCGAGAAGAACGCGGCGUCCAACGUGCUGCUGGACAGCCACGCCCGGGGCGGCGUCUGGGGUCUGUCGUGUCAUCCCGCCAAGGAGGUCUUGGUCACGGCCGGAGACGACGCCACCGUCAGGCUGUGGGACCUCGCUGACAAGAAGCUGCAGAAGAAGGUGUGCGUGGGCCAUGCAGCGGUGAGCGUGAGCUUCAGUUGGGAUGGAGAGAUGCUGGCCGUGGGGAUGAAGAACGGAGAGUUCCUCCUCCUCUUCUCCAACUCCCUCAAGGUGUGGGCAAAGAAGAGAGACCGUGGUGCCGCCAUUCAGGACAUCAGAUUCAGUCCAGACAGAAGAAUGUUGGCGGUGGGUUCUCUGGAGAACAGCGUGGAUGUCUAUGACGUGUUAGGAGGAUCCACACUGAGCAGGAUGGUUUCCUGCUGUCACCUGCCCGCCUUUGUCCUACACCUCGACUUCUCUUCUGACAGCACACACAUACAGGUGUGCACAGGUGCGUACAAACGCUUGGUGUUUGAACUUCCUUCUGGAAAACUCCUGACUGAGCAGAACGUCAUUGACAGAAUCACCUGGGCUUCCUGGACCAGCGUGCUGGGAGACGAAGUUUUGGGGAUUUGGCCGAGAAACGCUGAGCAGGCGGACGUGACGAGUGCGUGUGUGUCACAUGGCGGCUGCAACGUGGUGACUGGCGACGACCUGGGACUCAUCAAACUCUUCCACUUCCCGUGCACCGACAAGUUUGCCAAACACAAGCGUUACGUGGGACACUCGCCUCACGUCACCAACGUGCGUUUCUCCCAGGGCGACAGUCACGUGAUCAGCACAGGUGCUGACGACUGCAGUGUGUUUGUGUGGAAAUGUCUGCUGACCUUUUGACCCGAGGACCCUAACGUCAAACACUUCAUCUUCAGCAGGAAGUGGUGGAAGAACGUCGCAACUUUUUCCUUUUCUGCAUCUUUUAAAAACAUGUUUUUACCACAUCUUCAUGAAGACAUUUUGAAACAUGUUUUAAGUGCCUUUCUUGACAUUUCUACUUGUCAGCUUUGGUACUUUUGUCUGCUUGGUGCUACUCUGACAAUGUUGCUUCCCCGCAAACACACAACAUGUAUUGCUACACAAUGUGUGUGUGUGUGUGUGUGUGUGUGUGUGUGUGUGUGUGUGUGUGUGUGUGUGUGUGUGUGUGUGUGUGUGUGUGUGUUUGUGUGUGUGUGUGUGUGUGUGUGUGUGUGUGUGUGUGUGUGUGUGUGUGUGUGUGUGUGUGUCAGUGUACAAAAGUCAAAGAAUAAUAAACUGCUCUCAGAUCAGAUGUGACAAAUAAAAUAUAUUCAGUCA